AUGCUCGAGCACCCCGGAAUUACGACACUGCACCUCUCGAGCGAAGCGAACGACUACAAACCACCGCGCAGCCUCUCGACACAGCUCCUCCAUUGGCUCACGCACGCACCGUGCACAUCGCUUACGCUGAGCGGUGUCGCCAUCAACCUCCGCGGCCAGCCACAAGUUGGUGACGCGAUCUGCGACGCUAUCGCGGCGUCCACGCUCUGCACUCUCCGCCUCUUUAGCGUCAAGCACUUUGAUGCCGCCGUCUUGCACGGGCGACGGCUUCCAGCGUCCUUGGAAUCCUUCGAGUGGGUAGCGCCCGGCGAUGAAAAGACGCUAGCGCCCGCAACGCUCGCUCAUCUUGCGCGAGCACUCGAGGGCGCGCCGAGCCUCGUGCACUUGGGGCGCAGCCUCACGUACCUCGGCCAACUCGGGUCGUGCUCGUGGUUGGACCCCGUGCUGGCGCGCUUGACGUCGUUGCGCGCACUUGGCUCAUACAAUGACGCAUCGUUUGCCACCGUGCGCGUGAUGCUCGUGAACAUUGAGAAAAUCUCGCUGCGCAAGGCAGCAACCUCGUACACACAGUACACGGAAUUGGUCGGUGCGCUGCCGCAGCUGCCGCGACUCGUCGAGCUGGACAUGCGCGACAAUACUCUGUACCGCGAAGACAUAGGUCGGAUCUUGGCUGCUUACGAGGACUUCUUUCAUUUUGUGCCCGAAAUCGUCGCGUGCACAAGGCAUCUCACGACGCUAAGCCUCACACCCCAACACACCGAGAAGCGCAAGGAUAUCGAGUGCAAGGCCGCGCUGCUCCGGAUCCUGACGAUUGUCGAAGAGCCAAUGUUUCGACUCCACCCGGACGUGUCAGCCAACGUGCCGCGAAGCACUUUGGAGUCUGUACGCUCGCUGAUGAGUCGCACAUCGGAAGACACGUGCUUGCUGCUUUUUUAA